AUGGUCUAAAAAUUAGGGUUCGGUGCAAAUGCAGUAGUAUUUAAAGUAGAAAGAAAUGAUGAGUCUUUUUCCUAAAAAAUCAAAACUUAAAAUAAAUAUUUCGCAUUGAAGGUUAUGAGGAAGAAUAAAAUUGUUGGUAAAUAGUGCAUAGAAUAAAUAAAAGAUGAGAUAAGUGCUCAUCGUGCUUUAUCUUAAUGUACAAGUUCAUUGAAGUUGCAUAAAGUAUAUGAGACUCCAAGAAAGUUAUAUCUAUUACUAGAUUAUAUGAAUGGUGGAAAUCUUUCAAGUUUCAUCGAAAAAAGUAACAAUGUUUAAGAUUGUGACAUUAAAUCAAUAAUGGAAUAAUUGUUGCUUGGUAUGCACUUCAUUCAUUAACUAAAUAUCGUUCAUAGAGAUCUCAAGUUGGAUAAUAUCUUGCUUAACACAAAUGAAUUCGGUAAAUAUGAAAUAAAAAUUGCAGAUUUCGGAUUAGCAGUCUCGUUGAAAUAGAGUGAAAAGAUAUUUAAAAAAUGUGGGACACCUACAUAUAUAGCUCCAGAAAUACUUAGAGGAGAGGAGUUAACCUUGAAAGCUGAUAUGUUUAGUUUAGGGUCUAUUAUGUAUAAUCUGUGUACUGGAUAAUAUCUUUUCGAUUUAGUAGACUCUGAUUAACUAGUAAUAAUAAAUUAGAAAUGCGACUUAAGUCAUGUUCCUACUAAGAUUAAGCAUAUGCCAGCUAUUUGCUAGGACUUAAUAUUAAGGUUAUUAAAUACUGAUCCUUAGAAGAGAAUAGAUUGUAAACAAGCUUUGAGUCAUUAAUGGUUUAGAGAUGACCACCAAGCCAUUGAAAAUCUCACAUUUACACAGAAAAUCUUGGGUCAUACAUUUAAGAAAAAGCAGAUAAAAUUGGAAAAAAUUUUGAUGAUCUCGAACAUUCUAGUUUCUCUCAUUAAAAAUGGAGUAAAACUUAAAAACAUAGUAAAAAUAAAAGAAGUUGCAAUCUGA